AUGCUUGCUACAAUAAUGAGCAAAAUUCCCGCGUUGCUGCCUGAUAAUGUUAAUCUAUGGUAUGCCACUGCACUCGUCGCUGGAGCUGUUAAGAGCUAUCUUGAAAAACGUUCGCUUCCUGCCUUAGCAAGUGAACUUAUGAGCGGAGCGGCUAUGGGUGCAGCCUCGUAUUGGAAAAUACCCUACAGAGCACUUGGUGUAGUGGCUGUCUCAGCAUAUGUGGGCUGGAUAAUGCUAAAGCGAUAUCUAGCUAUGAAGAAACGCAAGAUGAUCCCAUCUGGUCUUACUGCGUUGGCGAGACUAAAGGCCUACACCCAGAUGGCAACAUAUAGGAAGCUGAGAACAGAAGCAAAAGAUGGAGUGAAACAGGUGAAACAAGGAGUAGAAAUUGGGUGA